AUGAAGCCCCGCCACAUCCAGCUGAUCGGUAUCGGCGGCGCGAUUGGUACUGGUCUCUUCGUCGGAACGGGCACCUCGCUCUCGAACGCGGGCCCGCUGUCCCUCGUCCUCGGCUACGCGAUCUACGGUGCCCUCGUGCUCAUGACCUUCAACGCGAUGGGCGAGAUGACGUCGUAUCUGCCCGUUGACGGGUCGAUUCUCGUCUUUGCCGGCCGCUUCGUUUCCAGCUCGUACGCGUUUUCCAUGGCAUGGCUCUGUUUCUGGAAUAACGCAAUCACCGUCGCGGCUGAGGCGACGGCGAUCGCGUCCAUCAUCAAGUUCUGGAACGAAGACAUCAACUCGGGCGUGUGGUGUGCCCUCUUCGUUGUGUCGAUUAUCCUCAUUAACAUGUGGGGCUCGCGCUGGUUCGGCGAGGCUGAGUUCUGGUUCUCGACGUUCAAAGUUCUCCUCGUGUUCAUCAUCAUGUUCUUCACGUUCAUUACUAUGCUCGGCGGCAACCCGCAGAAGGACCGCUACGGCUUCCGCUACUGGAAGAAUCCGGGUGUCAUGCGCGAGUAUCUCGUGCCCGGCAACAUGGGGCGGUUCCUCGGCUUCUGGUCCGUCUUCAUCCAGGCCGCGUUUGCCUACGGCGGCCCAGACAUGAUCGCCAUGACGGCCGGCGAGGCGCGGUACCCCCGCCGCGUCCUGCCCAACGUAUUCAACCGCGUCAUCUUCCGUCUCCUCUUCUUCUACAUCGGUGGCACUUUUUGCAUCGGUACACUUGUUCCCUACACCGACCCAAACCUCACGGGUAACGGCGGCAAGGGCACGCCGCCCAUCGUUAUUGGCGCCGACCGCCUUGGCGUCCCUGUCCUUCCACACAUUAUCAACGCGAUUAUCCUCACCUCGGCGUGGUCGGCCGGCUGCUGCCUGACCUUUACAGCGUCGCGCAACCUCUACGCGGCUGCGAUCAACGGGCACGCGCCGCGCCUCUUCCUCGUCUCCUUCCGUGGUGUCCCCAUCAACGCGAUCAUCGCCGUGACGAUCGUCUCCUGCCUCUCCUUCAUGACUGUGAGCGACAAGGCCAUCACCGUCUUCACGUGGAUCACAAACAUUCUCGGCGGUAUGUGGAUCCUGAACCUGUGGCUUCAGAACGUGCUCUACCUCCGCUUCCGCGCCGGCUGCGACGCGCAAGGCAUCGACCGUAGCACGUUCCCCUACCGCCGCCGCGGGCAGCGCCUGUGCAGCUGGAUCUGCGUGUUCGCGUACGGCGUCAUCUUCCUCACGAACGGCUUCAAGGUGUUCAUGAAGGGCCGCUGGAGCAUCCGCGACUUCCUCUUCGCGUACCUCGUGCUCGGCCUCUUUAUUGUGCUGUACGUCGGGCACAUGGCCUACGAUGUGCUCCGGAACGGCGGGUCGUGGCGCCCCCUCAAGGGCGAGGACAUGGACUUCACCACCGGCAAGCGCGAGGUCGACGAGGACGAGCUCACGUACCCGCCCGUCGGCAAUACGCGGGGCGCACGCUUCGAGCGCUGGCUCUGGGGCUAG